UCCUAGGACAGGAAGAUACAGUGCAGAUGCUGCCGGUGGGGAUGCUGCAGUUGAGUUAACAAGGCGUUGUAGGCAUGCAGCUGCUGCUGUGGGUGACUUGAUCUUCAUUUAUGGUGGUUUGCGGGGUGGGGUGUUGCUUGAUGACCUUCUUGUUGCUGAAGAUCUAGCAGCUGCUGAAACUACAAGUGCAGCUUCACAUGCUGCAGCUUCAGCUGCUACAUCCGGCAUUCAGUCUGGGCGGCUGUCAGGAAAAUAUGCAUUUAACGAUGAAAGGAGUAGACAGGCCAUUCAUGUUGUAGCUCCUGAUGGUGCUGUAGUGCUGGGAAACCCUGUAGCUCCUUCUAUAAGUGGUGACAUGUAUACUGAUAUAAGCACUGAAAAUGCUAUGCUUCAGGGCCCUCGGAGACUAAAUAAAGGUGUUGAGUAUUUGGUUGAAGCAUCAGCUGCAGAAGCUGAGGCCAUUAGUGCAACAUUGGCUGCUGCCAAGGCCCGACGAGUACAAGACAAUGGGGAAGUUGAACUGCCUGACAGAGAUCGAGGAGCAGAGGCUACUCCUAGUGGGACACAAAUAUCUAGCUUGAUAAAGCCCGAUUCAGAUGCAUUGACUAACAUUGCUCCAUCUGGAGUUCGAUUGCAUCAUAGAGCUGUGGUUGUAGCCGCUGAAACUAGUGGGGCUUUAGGCGGUCUGGUUAGGCAACUUUCAAUUGAUCAGUUUGAAAAUGAAGGUCGUCGUGUGAGCUAUGGUACCCCAGAGAGUGCAACUGCAGCAAGGAAGCUUCUGGAUCGACAGAUGUCCAUUAACAGUGUUCCAAAAACGGUAUUAACUAUUAUUAAGUAUAUUAAAACUGAAUUAUUA